GUUGCCGAAAGCACAAGAAAGAAUGAAAAAGAAAGAAUAAUAGAAAACACCUUUCUCGUCUUCUAUUUGUAUCAGCCGAUAGAGGGGCCAGGAACAAUAGAGAAGGACCUUUCUUGUCUUCUACCUGUACCAGCCGAUAGAAAGGCCAGGAAGGUGUGUCUUCACAUUCAAUCUCUAUCUCGUGGGCUAUGGCGGCGGAAGAGGCUGGAGUGCAUAAGAAAAGGGUGGUGGUCAUCGGAGGUGGAGUUGCCGGCGCCUUCAUUGCCAAGUCUCUCCAGUCUCUCACUGAUGUUGUCCUCAUAGACCCUAAGGAGUAUUUUGAGAUCCCAUGGGCGAGUUUGAGAUGUAUGGUGGAACCAUCUUUUGCAGAGAGAACAUUGAUUAAUCACAGUAAUUACCUCAACAAGGGCUGUAUUGUUACAUCUACUGCUAUCAAUAUAACAGAGCAUGAAGUCAGGACUGCAGAGGGCUCUCUUAUUCCAUAUGAUUACUUGGUUAUUGCCACUGGACACAUGGAUUCUGUUCCCAUAACUAGAAAGGAGAGGCUCAGUCAGUACCAGGAAGUGUUCCAAAAGAUACAAUCUGCUAGUUCAAUUCUGAUUGUUGGAGGGGGUCCCACAGGCGUGGAACUUGCGGGUGAAAUUGCUGUUGACUUUCCUGAUAAGAAGUUGACUCUAGUGCACCGUGGUUCAAGGUUGCUAGAAUUUAUUGGUCCUAAGGCCUCAAAAAAGACACUCAAUUGGUUGACAGCAAAGAAAGUUGAAGUGAUUUUAGGGCAAUCUGUUGAUUUAGGCUCUGCAUCUGAUGGUGUUUAUAGAACAUCUGGUGGAGAAACUAUUACAGCAGAUUGCCAUUUUGUGUGUAUAGGAAAGCCUAUAGGUUCAUCAUGGCUUAAAGACACCUUCUUGAAUGAUAGUUUGGAUGAUAAAGGAAGGUUGAUGGUUGAUGAGCACUUACGGGUCAAGGGUUGCAACAAUGUUUUUGCCAUUGGAGAUAUUACUGAUAUUCCAGAAUUGAAACAGGGUUAUUUGGCAGAAAGCCAUGCUGCAGUAGCUGCUAGGAACUUGAAGUUGUUGGUGUCGGGGGGUGGAGAGAGCAAAAUGGCUAAUUAUCGACCUGGUUCAGCAAUCGCAAUCGUUUCACUCGGGAGGAAGGAAGGCGUGGCACAGUUCCCCUUCAUCACAUUAAUCGGAUGCACUCCUGGCUUUAUUAAAUCCGGAGACUUGUUUGUGGGGAAGACAAGAAAGAAACUUGGCUUCAAACCUUGAAUUCUGGGUAGUUUAGAAUUGAGCCUUUAUGAAUAAAUAUAAACAUAUAACGUUAUUUUCACCUUUAUAAAUAAUACUACACAAAAUUGAGACA